GCCAAAACAGGAAGUAAACCAUUUUAGAGUCACACACUUUCCCACAUUCACAUGAGUGUCAGUGUCGUCUUUUACAAGUAAAUGUAAUAUUAACCUUAAAUUGAUACACGAUGUCAACGGCGAUGAAUUUCGGAAGCAAGUCGUUCCGUCCGCGUGCACCUGAUAAAGGAGCAUUUCCCUUAGAUCAUUUUGGUGAAUGUAAGACAUUCAAAGAGACAUAUAUGCGAUGCCUUAAAAACAACCACUUUGACAAUUCACAGUGCCGGAUAGAGUCAAAAGAAUAUUUAGAGUGCAGGAUGGACAGACAGUUAAUGGCCAAGGAACCCCUUGAAAAGCUUGGAUUUAAGGACUUGUUGGACGAACCGAAGGAAGAAAAUAAAGUCAAAUCCUAACAAAAUGUGAUCGUAUUUUUUGCAACUAAAUUAAUGUAUAGCUACAUUGUAUUUAUAUCUAAUGAAAAUUAUUCUGUAUCCUGGAAAUGUAGGCGUCCCUGUGGUUACUUGCUGGACUGCUGCUAAUGUUUUUUUUAUGUUUGUUUUUAUCCGAGUGCAAAAAGCAUUGCUUACUUAAAAUAAAUACUGCGUAAAUAA